UCUCUCUCUCUCUCUCUCUCUCUCUCUCUCUCUCUCUCAAACACACACACACACACACACACACACACACCAAAUGCCCCCGUCCAAAGCAGCCAAGAACCUGAGCUCCCUCCUCCGCUCCGCCAUCAAAACCACCGCCUCAAAGCCCGACGACGCAACCCUAAAACACUUCGUCGGCUCCCUCGACACCUCCUCCUCUUCUCCCACCACUUCCACCCCUCACAAACGCUCCACCAAAUCUCGUUCCAAGGCCUCUGUCUCCAAAGCCUUCAGCGAUUUGGCAAUCGAUAGCUUUAAGAUUUACGAGCCGUUGUAUCCUGGUGCUUCAACUUUGGAUGCGGGUUCAUCUGAUUCUAUAGAGGAAAAUGAUGAAUAUGUAGGAAGUGUUUUAGAUACGCCAUGGUUCUCAACCUUGUCACACAGUAACAUUUCGCUCCGCCGUAAAGAAGUAUCGCGUGACAGGAAACAAAAGUGGAUUUUUAAGAGCACCCAAACGCAUCGUUUCGACAGGCUAGUUAAAAUGUGUGGACAAAAGUUGGGGACAGAUGCUACUAUUCAGGUGUUUGGUAAGCUGGGACGGGAAACAGGUGUCAAAGAAUUUAAUGCAUUAAUAGGACUUUGCAUAGUGAAGGCCAGGGAAACUCGAUCUGAAGAUGUUUGGCUACAAGAGAUUUCCAAGGUGUAUAAACUUUUGAUGUUAAUGAGAGAACGAGGUUUUAAGUUAGAGGAAGAAAGCUAUGGUCCAUUUCUGAUGCUUUUAAUCGACAUGGAGAUGGUAGAAGAAUUCCAAUUUUUUUGUGGAGCUAUUCGUGACGGCAAUUCGAACUCGUUAUCAAGAUUUGCUUACUAUGAAAUGCUGCUAUGGAUUAGGGUUAAUAAUGAAGUUAAAAUACAAGAGCUUUGUGAUUUUAUUGCUACUAAUGAUGAGGGGGACAAAACCAACUUUAAAGAACAUUAUUUGUUGGCCUUGUGCGAGAGUGAUCGGAAGAAAGAGGUUUUGCUACUACUGGGAAUUGUUGACAUAACAAAGUUUUCCUCUUUGGAUAAUCUGACAAAUAUCUUUGGAUCUUUGGGGAGGCUUUCAUUGGAGUCCUGCGCAGAGAAAUUCAUAAGGGCAUUAAAAGGCUCUGAUACUGGGGCAGAAAAUAUCUCAAACUUCAUUUAUAGCUAUGCAACUAGUGUGCCAAACUUAGCGGUUGAUGAUGUCAUUUCAAAAUUUAAGCAUCUGCAUUUGGAAUUAGAGGUGGUGCCUUCUUCUGCAGCAUACGAGAAGCUCAUUGGGCAUUGUUGCAAUUCGCUGAAGGCACAUGUAGCUCUUGAUAUAGUUGAUCAGAUGUUUGAAGCAGGUUUGACCUUAUCGAUAGAGACAUUUCAUUCAAUAUUAUGUGCAUGUGAGGAAAGUUGUGACUACAAUUUGGUUCAUCGUAUCUACUCAAUGAUUUGUCAUAACAACUUGAAGCCAAACAAUGAGACCUUCAGGGCUAUGAUAAAUUUGAGGGUAAAAAUGAAAGAUUUUGAAGGUGCAUACAACAUGAUCAAAGAUCUGGAGAAUAUGAACUUGAUGCCUACAGCAGGCAUGUACAAUGCGAUAAUGGCAGGAUAUUUCCGGGAGAAAAACAUGCAUGCUGGUUUGAGGGUUCUUAAGCAAAUGGAGGAUGCAGAUGUAAAACGUGAUUCUCAGACUUUCACCUAUCUUAUAGGGAACUGUGUCCAUGAGGAGGAUAUUGUUAAGUAUUAUGAAGAACUGAAGUGUUCUGGGGUUCAAAUUACAAAGCAUAUCUUCAUGGCACUUAUAAACGCAUAUGCUGCUUGCGGUCAGUUUGAGAAGGCGAAGAAGGUAGUCUUGGACAAAGGAGUACCCGUAAAGAGCUUAAGUGAAAUUAAAAGUGUACUUGCCUCAGCUCUUGCAUCACACGGGCAGAUUUCAGAGGCCCUUGAUGUUUGUGAAGAAAUCAAAGAAGCUGAAUGCAAUCUUGAGCCCAAAGCCAUCAUAUGUCUCAUGGAUCACCUUCAAACUGAAGGGCAGUUGAGUAGAUUGAUUCAACUACUUGAGGAAUUAAAGGAUUCAGAUUUGUGGAUUGAUGGCUGCUGCAAAGUCAUUUUGUAUUGUGUACAAUUCAAGCAUUUAAGUUCUGCUGUUGAUUUGCUGAAGCAACUAGUGGACAAGUUCUGCGAUGAUGAAGUCGCUACAGAAGUUAUUUUUGAUGAGGUAUUUUCAAAAAUUGCCGAGUCGGAGCGUGCAGAUAUGCAGUUUGGCCUGAAUUUGCUUCAAGCCAUUAAGGAACAGCUUGAUGUUCGCCCUUCACGAAAAAGUCUUGAUUUUCUUCUUGGUGCUUGUGCUAGUGCCAAAGACCUGCAGAGUUCUAACCUAAUUUGGAAAGAGUAUCAGAUAGCUGGGCUUCCUUAUAAUGUUUUAAGUUACUUAAGGAUGUAUCAAGCCCUCUUGGCUUCAGGGGCUCACGCAUCUGCAACGAAAAUUCUAAACAAAAUGCCGAAAGAUGAUCCUCAUGUUCAGUGUGUCAUCAAAGCAUGCAAAGCAACUUACAUCGAGCCGGCCUCUGGUAUGGGGAAUAAGAAGAAGAAGACGAAGAAGAAGAAGAAAAAGGAAAUGGCGAGGGAAUAAAAUGCAUGUGGAUUCACAAUGAGAAGUAGGAAAUGAAAAUUAGGAGGUGAGAAGAAUGUGCAGUCGGCAUUGCAGUGUUGCUUAAGCCUUGUAUCCAAAUAGCGGAUUAUUUUAAUUUAAUAUUAAUAUUCAGAAAAGUUCGGACU